AUGCUCGGAAAUCGGAAUCAUGAAUUCCUACGUUCAAAAUUCAUUCGUUCUGUACAGCUUGCAAAUCGAAUUCCCGUUUUGACUGGAAAUGGGGAACCUGGCUUUCUUCGAGAUCCAAAGAAAGAGAAAGAAAGAGAAGAGAGAUCGGAGAUGGAGGGCGUCGAUGGUCCAGAUAGGGCGGAAGAUCUAACUCAAGGGUUUGGAUUAUAUCCCAAACACAAUUCAAUCUGCCUUGGACAAGCGCUUGACUAUGUGGAGAAGUACUGUUAAAGCCACUUACCAACUGAAGCUGGAAUUCAAUGGCUUGACUUGUAGUGUGGGAUCCCAAUGAGUAACAGAGAAACAGGUAGCCUUGAAAAGACCAACAAUUGGAAGCCUUAAAGACCAUCAAGCUGGAGUGGGUGAAAAUCAAGAAGAGAAAAGUGGCUACCAAGAAAAUCGAAUAUAUUGUAGCCUCUAAUCAAACAGUUGCACAACAUUAACAUGAUUUUAUAUCCCCGACAACGACGCCAAGAACUUAUGAUGUGUGGAAGUAGUCUAAUAAAUUAAACUUAAUUCUAACUACAAAUAUUGGUUUUAAAUUUAUAAUUCCUAACAAACUAAACUUGACUAUUAGUACCAACCAAUGUAGCUGAUCAAAUUAUAGUAUUAGUUAAAGUAAGUAAGGGUGUCGAACUCUGUGGGAAAUCGAAGUGUACUAAUUAAAAUAAAUGAAACAAAGUGUGAC